AUGUGGCCGUGUCAGCGACGUUUAUCGCCUUUGUGUUGUAGAGACGGCAUUCUCAUUCAACUCCAAGAACGCAAACUUCAACGAAAACUUGGGCUUUGCGUGAUUAUAGACUUGGAAGGGUUCAAUUCUGAUCAUUUAACUACAAUCGGUUUAAAAGUCUAUGCCGCCUUGUUAAAAGAAUUACAAGAUUUGUUUCCUGAUAUGUUGCGACAAAUUUAUGUUAUUAAUGCUCAUUAUCUUGUCAAAACUGCUUAUGCAAUUAUCAAACCAGUAUUGUCGGAACAAAGUAGAGAGAAAGUUAUUUUUCUCGAUUCUUCUUAUCAUGAACAAUUAGCCGAGGGUGUUGGAAGAGAAAAUUUAUUUCGACGUUGGGGAGGAAUUAGACAGCCACUUAUUGGUGAUCCUGAAUGGGGUACUUUACGUAUUGGUGGCUUGCCUCCAAAAGGAAUGAGAUAUUCUGCUGCCACAAACCCUCAACACGUACCAGAAGGUCAUCUUACAAAAUUAAUUGUGCCAGCAAGGCAGAGACGAAUUGUUGAUAUUUCUGUUCCUGCGCAACCCGGGUUCCCUCAACAAAUGCUCCAUUGGUUUUGGAUAAGUUCCUCUGAUGUUGAUUUCGGUGUAAUUAAUGAAGAGGAACAAGAGGUAGAAAAAAGGUGUUAA